CGCAAGCCCUGCUGGGUAGCGUUCCUUGGUUACCGUUGCUAGGGAGGGCCUAGCGGCCCCCUCGCCGCCCGAAUAAAGUUUAAUACAGUAUUUGGAAAUGGUGAAGCAGACGAUCCAGAUCUUUGCUCGAGUGAAGCCCCUCGGCAGGAAGCAGCCUCCUGGGAUAUAUUCACUGGAUGAAGAUGAGACGUCAACCUUUGGUUUGGAGAUCAUUGUGCCACAUGACUUGGCAGAUGGAUUUGUCAAUAAUAAACGAGAAAGCUACAGGUUUAAAUUUCAGAAAGUUUUUGAUCAGGAAUCAAAACAAGAAGAAAUUUUUGAAGCCAUUGCCAAGCCAGUUGCAGAAUGUGCUCUAUCUGGCUAUAAUGGCACUAUAUUUGCAUAUGGACAGACAGGCAGUGGUAAGACUUUUACUAUCACUGGGGGAGCAGAACGCUACAGUGAUCGCGGUAUUAUUCCACGGACAUUAUCUUAUAUUUUCCAUCAGCUGCAAAAGGAUAGCAGCAAGGUAUACACAAUCCAUAUUUCCUAUUUAGAAAUUUACAAUGAGUGUGGUUAUGAUCUGCUCGAUCCACGGCAUGAAGCCUCCAAAUUAGAAGAUCUGCCAAAGGUAACAAUAAUGGAAGAUCCUGAUCAGAACAUUCAUCUGAAACAUCUCUCUUUGCAGCAAGCAACUAAUGAGGAGGAAGCACUGAACCUGCUUUUCUUAGGAGACACCAACAGGAUGAUUGCUGAGACUCCAAUGAAUCAAGCUUCUACACGUUCACACUGCAUUUUCACUAUUCACAUCUCAAGCAAAGAACCUGGAUCUGCAACCAUUCGACGCUCUAAACUACAUUUAGUGGACCUGGCUGGUUCUGAGCGUGUUGGAAAAACAGGAGUUGGAGGCCAGCUGCUGACAGAAGCCAAAUAUAUCAAUCUGUCAUUACAUUACUUGGAACAGGUAAUAAUUGCUCUGUCAGAGAAGAAUAGAUCUCAUAUUCCCUACAGGAACUCUAUGAUGACCUCAGUGCUAAGAGACAGCCUAGGAGGAAACUGCAUGACCACAAUGAUUGCAACGCUCUCAGUAGAAAAAAGAAACAUAGAUGAAUCUAUAUCGACUUGUAGAUUUGCUCAGCGAGUUGCCCUUAUUAAGAAUGAAGCUGUUCUAAAUGAAGAAAUUGACCCCAGACUGAUUAUUGUGCGACUUAAGAAGGAGAUCCAGGAUCUAAAAAAUGAAUUGGCCAUUGUGACCGGGGAACAAAGAACAGAAGAACUUACACAAGAAGAACUGCUAGAGGUAGAUGAGCAGAUAAAAAGCUUUUUGGAAGAUACAGAACCUGAGAGCAUAUUGGAGGUUGGAGCUGAUAUGAGGAAGAUAAAGUACUGUUUCAGCUUUUUAAAGAGAUUGGUUAAUGAUGUGAAGCUUCCUAACAACCAUCUCCUUGCACCAGACGUUCUUGAAGAUAAAAGUGCUACUAAUUCAAUUGGGGAUGAAGAAGUAAAGAAACUGAGGGAUCUUCUGCAGCAACGAGACAAUGAAAUCAACAUUUUAGUAAAUAUGUUAAAAAAAGAAAAAAAGAAAGCUCGGGAUGCCCUUCUCCAACUCAGUGCUCCAUCCAGUGCUUCAGAAAGUUCCAGUUUUUUGAAAAAUAUGGAAAAUGAACAAAUAGUUUCUGUCACUUUGGAAACCAAAUCUAGUUUUCUUCCCACAGGAGUGGGAGGAGAAAUGUCAGUUGGACGCCAAGAAGCCUUUGAAAUUUUCAGAAGAGAUUCUGCUGAUAGCAUAACUAUUGAAGACAAUAAGCAGCUCCUUAAACAAAGGUUCGCUGAAGCUAAAUCUCUGGGAGGAAAAGUAAAUGAAAUGCGAAAUAAGAUCAACCAUCUGAAAGAAGAGAUAACCCAGAGGCACAUGCAAAAAGCAGCUCAAGCUGUUGUCAGUCCUAGAGAAAUGAAUAAACCUGAUCCAGUAGAAGAGGCACUUCGAGCGCAAAUUGAAAAAGAUAAGAUAAGUUAUAAAACUAUGUUUACUCAACUGAAAGGACUGAAGAUAGAAAUUGAACACCUGCAGCUACUUAUGGAAAAGGCAAAAGUAAAGUUGCAAAAAGACUUUGAAGUUUGGUGGUCUGCAGAGGCAAGGAAUUUGCAGAAGCAGGAAGAACAGCCAGUUUUGCAUAAUUCAGCCAGUGUGUUAAAAACUCCUCCUUUUGUCCUUGAAGCCCAACCAAAUCCCUCUGCUAUCAGAGUUCCAAAUAACAGCAGAGCCAGCUUCAAUGAAGAGUCUUCUAUAAAAGGCAGUAUAAGCAGACUCAGCAACUCAUCUUCUACAUCAAGGAUUUCUCCAGGUCCACAUUCAUCCAUCCCAUUCACAGGAGACCGUCAAACUGAUGCUGACAUUCUGGCUUUCAUUAGAGCCAGAAGAAAUCUGCAGAAGAAAGGGUCAGAAAACAAGUAAAUUUUGUUUUGAACAGGAGGUUGCCAAUUCAGUGCAACUUUCAGAUGGAUGUUUGAGCUGCAGCUGAAUUCACAUGAAGAAAAAAAAUGCCUGGGUUUUCUCCAAGGAAUGACAAUCACCCAAUAUUUUCAUCUUUGUAACAACAGAGAACCAGAGAAAUCAAAAUAAUGUGACAAAUACCCUGAAUUUGUGGUUGUAGGAAUUUGAUGGUCAUUUUAUGUGGUCUGUAAAUGUCAUAAUUAUUUAGCACUGCUGAAGUCAUAUUCCCAUGUGUAACACAAACAGAAUUAUUUACCAGGGUUGUUUCUUUCACUCUCUGGAAUCUUAUGAAAGAAUUGUCUAAUUUGCAGCAGUAUAUUUAGACUUUUUCUUGGUUUUCAUUUGUGUCAGCUUAGUAGCACUGUGGGAAAAUUGCAAAUAUUUUUUGUCUCAGAUAAUUUAAUUUAGAAUUGUUAAUUAAUGUUAGUAGACUUUAAAAAAAAAGGCAAAACACCAAUGAACAACUGAAAAUUUGAUCUUAAUUCUAAAAAUGAAUUAUAAUAGUGUUUACAAAAUAACAAGGUUGCCUGUUAAACUGUAGUCCAUGAACUGCUAGGUGGUGUUUUUGACUACCUGAUUAUUCUGCACCUGUGCACCCCAUUCUGUUAUUCUUUUUCUACAUAUAAUUUCUAUAGUUGCCCUUGAGAUGAUGGGCCUACGUACUUUCUGUUCAUGGGCACAGCAUGUUAUCAUGUAGUGUCCACAAACAUCUGUGCUCAAGUAUCAGCUUCUGUUUACAAUCCCAGUUUGAAUAAUGACUGCCUUUCUAUCACAAACUAAGAAUUAAUGAGUGUAUAAAGAAAAUAUAAUGUUGAUUUUUUUUCAUACUUAUAUCAGUAAAAUCCUCAGUCUGAAUUUUGGGAAAAGACAGAAGCACCUUCAUUUAACGAUUCAUUGUACAGUAUAUUUUAUGCAUGUGGUCAAGAAGAUGAAGUUGACAUACAAAGGCAGUGAACAAUGUUUGCAACAGGGUAAUAGAUUUAUAGAAUGAUGGGUAUUCUUUCCAAAUUAAUGGAAUGAAAAUAUAUUUCAUAGAAUUUAUCUCUAUGACCCAUUUGUUGAACUGUAGUAAAAUAUGGUUUAUUAUCCCUUUCCACAUCCAAUUAAAAUUAAGCUUGAAAAAUAGGGAAAAAAAUAACAUUGUCCUUUUUUUCUUUUCUCAAAUUAUUUCAACUAAUUUGAUACAGUAUAAUAUUGGUAGGAAAUGUUCUAAUUAUGAUAUUGAACAGGUGCUUGGAUAUAAACCCAAAGUGGUGAUGAGAUCAAAACAUCAUUAGAAUCAAAUAUUUGACAAGGAAAUAUACUCUGAGUUGUAAAACAUAAAAUAGAUAUGAGCAAACCUCUCCCUACUGCUGCCCAUGGUGAUCCCCCCCCAAAAAAAAAGGGAAGGAAGAAAAGGCCAUACAGCCUGUCACCAUGUCAAGCAAAAACUGGGAACCAUUACCAAUGGCAUCUUUCACCUUGAGCCCUUGGUCCCUCCAAUUAGCCUCCUGCUGACAUUAACGGUGACGCUUGUAGCUAUCUAGUUAUUCAUCAUCAACAACUCUGGAGGAAGUAGCUACAGUACAUAGUUCAAAAUCAACUGUAGAAAAUCACAUGACCCUCCAGAUGGCUAUGUUGACUAGGGCUGAUGGGAGUUACAGUCCAGUAUCAUGUGGAGGGCUACAUGAUUGCCACUCCUGUUCUAGAGAGAACGGUCAUCAUGUGGCUGGUCUCCACAGGGGCACAAUGCUCAGAUAACAGUCAACAGAAUCAGCAGCUAUAUCAGGAGGUAGACCAGCAAUUCAUCUCCUGGCCCACCUCAAGUUCCAACAUUGUGUAAACAAGUGUCACCUUCAGUUUGACAAUUUAAAUUGUUGCUGACAAGGUUAAUAUAAUUUCCUAAUGAAUUAUAUUAUGUUGAUUUUAAUAUGCCUCAUGUUUGUACUUCAAAGGUUACAUAUUUGAUGUAGUUGUUAUUAUUGACCACAUUCCCCUUCUGUACUAAGAGAAAUGCUGUUUCUGAAUUCUAUAAUGCUCUGACCAGUUGGAAAAGGAAUGGAGGGGGUUCUCAGAUUAUUCUAGACCAACAUACUUUGUUCUCUACUUUUUCAUUGGAUUCACAUAUUGUUUUUUCAGGCAACCCUGAAACACAGGGAUUUUCUAAGAAGUAAGUUCACUGAUUUCAAAAGAAUUUAGUUCAUCUGAAAUGUUCAGUGAUAAACAUAGGCCCAGGAAAGUUAAGUCUCACUGGGUUUUAAAAGGUUUACUCCCAGGUUAAUGUGCACAGGAUUGCAAUUCUAAUGUACUUUAAAAAAAAUUACUUAAAUUAUUUCCACAUGCAGUGAAAAAAUGAGUCUGUUACCAAGUUUUGCACUUAGGUUUAUCUUUGUAUUUCAGCCUGCCUAAUCCCUCAGUGGAAAAGUUUUUCUAGGUAAAUAGUCUCUCAUGCAUGCUGAAUACUAACCAGCAACAAUGAUAUCAAACCAAUGGCUAUGUAAACUUGUCAAUAUGGUAAAUACUAUUUCUAGCCAGAGCAAAUUACUCUGACUCCAACUGCUUUGUUUGCACAGAAGCCCCGAGUGAGAAGAUGUGGAGUGCUGAGAUGAGCAAUGAUUACUAGCAGCCACAGCCACUCCUCCCACUUGAAGAUUCUUAUCAGUGAGGGAGAGCAAAAGGAGAAGAAUAAAUGAAUCCAUGCAAAUAGAGUUAGCUACCCCAAACUAAUCAAAAUAAAUUCAUUAAGACAAUUUUUAAAAAUCACAGUAUUAUAGAUGGCAAAUCUUCUGGAUAUGUCUUUCAAAUGGUUCUUCCAAUAGCCAAGAUGAAGUAGGGUGCCUAGAAGGUCUUUGGUGACCUUCAUCCCAUCAUUAAACACUGUUGAAGAAACAAUGCUUAAUCUAUCUUUAAGCAAAUAGAAGGCAUUUUAUAUAUCAUGCUCUAGCAAUGCAAAUAUGGAUGGACUUUAUAGAAUCAUUGGGUCAAGGGUGCAUUUGCAUUGUAGAACUAUAUAUAGCCCUCCAUAUCUAUGGAUUUUUUUAUCCACAGAUUCAAGUAUCCACAGCUUUAAAAUGUUCAAAGAAAGAUAAAUUCCAAUAAG